CCUACCUUUUUGUGACUACCCAAAUACUGAUUUCUCAAAGUUGUGUCAGGUAAAGAACAGAUCGACCAGAAGGAUUACUAUGGGAAGACUCCCCUGUACUGGGCUGCAUAUAAGGGUCAGAAGUUGUGUAUGGAGCUGCUACUGCACUACGGCGCGGACAUGAACAGCCAGUGUAAACACGGGGGAACCCCUCUCCACGCAGCCAUCGGUCUGUUUCCAGAGUGUGUGCUGCUGCUCAUACAGCAUGGAGCAGACACUGACCUCCCCGAUACAUGGGGGGUGACCCCCAUGUACCUGGCAGCAUGCAGUGGACAGUCCGAGUGCAUCCAACUGCUGGUGCAGGCUGGGGCCAGAAUCACCUACAAGAACAAGAACACGGGGAGGCUCCCAAACAGCUAGCCUCCAAGACGGCUUUGAUCUCCUGGAUCGAGAGCUACCACAAAGAGCCACGAUUGCUGACGCCUGCAGGCUGAGGAUCCGAGAGGCUGUGGGACCGCGUAGGAUCACAGCCCCACGCAUGUUUCACAUCCCGCUAUGUCUGAAAGAGUAUCUGAUGUUCAAGGACCUCCAGCUGCGGGACUGCUCAGCAGCAUCAGCAAUGGCACAGAGGACACCCAGCGGGGACUGUUAAAGGACUAAGAUAAUAAAAUAAUGGUUAACUCUUUCAGUUCCACAGCAUGCAAUCAAGGUAGCCAUUUCAAUCUGGAAGCCUACUUCAAUAAUGAAUGGCAUUA